AUGAAUUUUGUGCUCGCAGUGACUGUGUUGAUUAAAGAAAUUAGAACUAUACUCGGAAUAAAAGCAGAUAAUGUAGAAAUGUGGUCUUUGGAAGAAAAUAAGGAAAUUAAAGAAAAUGAGUUGGAAAUUGAAAUUAAUCAAUUAGAAGAAAAUAAGGAAAUUGAAGCUACUAAUCUCGAAAAAAAAUCAAAAAAAGAUAAUAACAAUAAUAAUAACAAUAUACGGAUAGAUUUGAAUUUAAUGGUCUACAUAUCUGCACCUAUCAAAACAUGCAUAGUUUUGGCUUUUCUAGGCAAAAAUUAUGAUAAAAUCACGACUGAGAUGUUAUCAUGGAUCAUCGUUCUUUCAAUAGUAACACUAAUCAGUUCGUUAGGAGCAAUUAAGUAUGCCCUUAAAAUGAAAGGACAAAAUAAAUGGAAAGAAUUUUUGCAAAGAUAUAAAUACAAUGAUCAAGAUGAUAACCAUGAACAACAUAAACGGAACAAUUACGUUUGGAUUUUCUUCGGUCUUUUCUUUACUCUAGUAUAUUUUAUACGUAUUCUACUUUAUAUAGAAAUCGCCUUUUGGUUUGAUUUGAAUAGCUAUUUAAGUAAAUUAUUGUGGAAUGUGUUAGCAUUAGAUACUACUAUAACUAAACGUUUAGCCUAUAAGACGAAUCCAAUUUGCUGGUUUCAAUGA